UAAUAAACUGCACUUCACUGUUCGGCCAUCAUAGUUCUGACAGGUAAUCACACCUAGAUCUGCAAAGUCUGCGAGCAGAAAAGCUGCAGGUCUCGCGAGAUCGCCGGCUGCUGGGAGUUUGGAAGAAGGCUACCAUCAUGGCGGAUAGAGACAGUGGAAGCGAGCAGGGGGCGGUGAGCUCGAGCUUGCAGCAGCUGCAGCAGGAGACGCAGGAACUGGCCUCCAAGAGGGUGGACAUUCAGAACAAACGCUUCUACCUGGACGUGAAGCAGAAUGUCAAAGGCCGUUUUCUGAAGAUAGCGGAGGUGGGAGCAGGAGGCAAUAAAAGUCGCCUAACUCUCUCCAUGUCUGUUGCUGUGGAGUUCCGCGACUACCUGGGCGAUUUCAUCGAGCAUUACGCACAGCUCGGCCCCAGUAACCCGGACAUGCAGACGGACGAGCCGAGGCGAGCUCUGAAAAGUGAAUUCUUGGUGCGGGAAAACCGCAAAUAUUACAUGGAUUUAAAAGAGAACCAGCGAGGCCGGUUCCUACGGAUCCGCCAAACCGUGAACCGGGGACAUGGCCUUGGCUCGCAGGGUCAGACUAUCGCCCUCCCCGCUCAGGGGCUAAUUGAAUUCCGUGAUGCACUCGCUAAACUCAUCGACGAUUAUGGCAUCGAAGAGGAACCCACUGAGUUACCCGAAGGGACAUCUCUCACUGUGGACAACAAACGAUUUUUCUUUGACGUUGGGUCAAACAAGUAUGGCGUUUUUAUGAGAGUAAGUGAGGUGAAACCAUCAUACCGCAAUUCUAUCACGAUACCGUACAAAGUGUGGGCCAAGUUUGGAAAUACUUUCAGUAAAUACGCAGAGGAGAUGAAGAAAAUACAGGAGAGACAGCGGGAGAAAAGAUCUGAACAGCAAGAAGAAGCUCCCGGAGAUGAUGGGGAGGAAGACUGAUAAAACUGUAAUAAAAAAAACACUUCCUGUAAAACUGUAACUGUUUAACUACGAGGGAGCACCACCCACCAAACCUCCACAACUGACAGUUCGACUUGUCACCCAUCGCUGGAUGUUCGUCCACUUAUCAACCGUGUAAACCGUAAGCAGCUGCUAAGUAAUAACAUUAUGAACUGUGUUUCCUACUUGAUAAAAAAAAAACUGAGUGUUUAUUUCCCUAAUUAACCAAGACUUUUGUACACGUUCAAGCUAUUAAAAGUGUUUGCAAUCGUCAGAUAAUAUGCUGAAUUAUAAUGAAAUAAGUCCUUUUCAUGUGAGCUAACAUUUGACUUAGCACAAAAUGAGAGAUAUUUUAGAAGAACACGUAAAUAAUAUUUUUAGUUUUCUCAUUUUGUUACCAAAUUUCAAACAUUAUACGGAGGUUAUAGUAUAUUUGACACCCUAUAUACCUGUGAUUAGAGAUGUGUAUAUAUGAGGGCUAGGCAUGCUGUGUGUCUGAGCUUUGUUAAAUGUAAUGCAGAAGUCUGUAGAGUUAAAAGGUACAUAGGUUUAUUCAUGCAAGGUAAAACUAUUAAGAAGUGCUCUCUUUUAUACAAUAUGCAUUGCAUCUGGACCUUAAACAUAUAAAACUGGUCAGUGGAACUUCUGUGAACAUGAAGCAAAUUAUUAAAAAAGGCAUUUAAAUGAA